AUAAAAGCCUCAAAAACAACCCAACAAACACUCAUUUAGUUCUUCUCUCUCUCUCUCUUCUUCUUCUUCUCUUCUUUCUCUCUCUACCAGAAAAAAAAAAUGGGAACUCUGAAAACCCUAAAUUUGAUAUCACGAAUCUCUCCAUGGUUUCUCUGCCUCGUUCUCACCGCCGCCGCCGAUGAAUCCGCCGUUAUGUCGAAGCUUCUCGCCGCUAUAUCUCCGGCUCCGAAGGGCUGGUCGUCCACCGCCGACUACUGCUCCGCCUGGGAAGGCAUAAAGUGUAGCUCUGGCCAAGUCACCGCCAUCAACUUGAGAGAUAUGUCUCUCACCGGAACUCUACCUUCCGAUCUCGGUACUCUCUCUCAGCUCACCACCCUCUCUCUCCAAGGCAACCAUUUCAAGGGUGCUUUCCCUUCCAUGGCCAAUCUUUCUCUCCUCGAAACAAUCUACCUUGACAGUAACAAUUUCACUUCGAUUCCUUCUGGUUGUUUUCAAGGACUCACCAGUUUGCAGACCUUGAGUAUCAGCCAAAACACCAAUCUAGGGCCAUGGAGUUUCCCUGCCGAGCUCACCGGAUCUUCUAGCUUGGUUACUUUGUAUGCCGGCAGUUGUAAUAUGUUUGGUACCAUUCCGGAUAUCUUCGGCUCAUUCCCGAAUUUGCAGGAUGUGAGGCUCUCUUACAAUAACCUUACUGGGGUUUUACCUCCGAGUUUCGCUGGAUCUGGGAUUCGGAAUAUAUGGCUUAAUAAUCAGCAAAUGGGGCUUUCGGGCACCAUUGAAGUGUUGGCGAACAUGACUAGUUUGUACCAGGUUUGGCUCCAUAAGAACCUAUUCACUGGUCCAAUUCCGGACCUUUCGCAUUUGGAUACACUAUUCGAUCUUCAGCUCCGUGAUAACUUGUUAACCGGCAUUGUUCCGACUAGUUUGUCGUCAAUUCCGAGCCUGCGAAACAUUACUUUGGCGAACAAUAAAUUGCAGGGUCCUAUGCCUUCGUUCCCCAAGUCUGUCACCAAUGUUGAACUCGACGGAACGAACAGUUUCUGUAAGGACACUCCCGGACCUUGUGAUGCUCAGGUGACGGCUUUGCUUGAUGUUGCAGGAGAUUUGGGUUAUCCAACGCUGUUAGCAAAUUCAUGGAAAACCAAUGAUGCUUGCUCAGACUGGAGUUUUGUUAUCUGUGAUUCUGAUGGGAAUGUUAUCACUGUGAAUUUUCAAAAGCAGCGUUUUGUGGGGACGAUCUCACCGGCUUUUGCUAAUCUUACAUCUUUAAAGAACUUGUACCUGAAUGAUAACAGUUUGACUGGUUCGAUUCCGAAAUCAUUGACCCUUUUGCCUCAGCUUCAGGUUCUUGAUGUUUCUAAUAACAAUCUUACUGGUGAAAUUCCCGCUUUUCCAUCAAGGGUGAAGUUUACAACGACUGGUAAUCUCUUACUUGGGAAAACUCAGGGCUCAGAAGGUGGAGGGACUUCGGGCUCUGGUUCUAACAACACGACUGGUGGGAGUUCAAAUGAAACAGGGAAUGGUAAUCGGGCUUCUGCUGGUAUGAUUGCUGGUAUAGUCACUGCUGUGAUUAUCUUUGUUCUUGUUAUAUUGUUUGUGUCAUAUAAAUGUUUCGUUAAGAGUAGGCACAAGAAAUUUGGAAGAGUUGAAAAUCCUGAAACUGGUAAAGAAAUGGUGAAGGCUAGCAUAAUGGGUGGUGGUAUGAAUAAUGGGUAUAAUGGAAUCGCCAGUGAUUUGCAGAGCCAGAGUAGUGGUGAUCGCAAUGAUUUUCCAGUGUUUGAGGGUGGUAAUGUCUCCAUCUCAAUGCAAGUUCUUAGACAAGUGACAAAUAAUUUUAGUGAAGAUAAUAUUUUGGGCAGAGGGGGUUUUGGAGUUGUUUACAAGGGAGAGUUGCACGAUGGGACUAAAAUUGCAGUGAAAAGAAUGGAGUCUAAUGACAUGGGCACGAAAGGGAUGAAAGAGUUUCAGGCAGAGAUUGCUGUUCUUACAAAAGUUAGACAUAGACAUUUGGUUGCGCUCUUGGGAUAUUGCAUCAAUGGCAAUGAGAGGCUUUUGGUAUAUGAAUACAUGCCACAAGGAACACUGACUCAACAUUUGUUUGAUUGGCGCGAGCAUGGGAUUUCUCCUCUUGCUUGGAAGCAAAGGGUUACUAUAGCAUUGGAUGUGGCAAGAGGAGUGGAGUAUCUGCACAGCUUAGCUCAGCAGAGUUUUAUCCAUAGAGAUUUAAAACCAUCUAACAUUCUUCUCGACGACUUGAUGAGAGCCAAGGUUGCUGAUUUCGGUUUGGUUAAACAUGCCCCUGAUGGGAAGUACUCUUUGGAGACGAGAUUGGCUGGGACUUUUGGAUACCUUGCACCUGAGUAUGCUGCAACCGGCAGAGUGACCACAAAAGUGGAUGUUUAUGCAUUUGGUGUGGUUUUAAUGGAGAUCAUCACUGGCAGAAAAGCUCUAGAUGACACAGUACCUGAUGAGAGAUCUCAUUUGGUCACAUGGUUCCGCCGAGUCCUAAUCAACAAGGAGAACAUCCCAAAGGCUAUCGAUCAAGUUCUUGAUCCUGAUGAGGAGACAAUGGAGAGCAUAUACAAAGUUGCUGAGUUGGCAGGACAUUGUACUGCUCGUGAGCCAUACCAAAGGCCCGACAUGGGACACGCAGUUAACAUCUUAGGUCCUCUUGUCGAGCAAUGGAAACCUUCCUGCCAAGAAGAUGACGAAAACGACGGUAUUAACCUAAACAUGAGCCUCCCUCAAGCUUUACAAAGAUGGCAAGCCGAUGAAGGGACUUCGAGAAUGUUCGAUGAUAUUUCAUUAUCGCAAACUCAAUCGAGCAUUCCAUCGAAAUUCGCAGACUCAUUUCAAUCAACGGAUUGCCGGUGAAAUGGAAAAAGAUGCCAUAAUUGGUAAGAGUCAAGAGAAAUCAUUUGGCUCCCAAGUGAUUUGAUGAUGAUUGAUCCCAUUGGAUCAUCAUCAGCACGAGUAUUGCAACUGCUUUAUUUUUUUUUUUUCUAUUCUCUUCCUUUUUUCCCCUGUAUUUACUGCUUAGUUUUGUUCUCCACACAAUGUUUCUUGUCCUAAACCAGAUGAAUAUGUAAAAAUUUACGGCUAUAUUUGAUUCUUUUGAACUAA